AUGGAAGGAGGAUCAGAAGCUUUUCCAGAUUUAGGAAGGCACUGCCAAAAUCCUGAUUGUCAUCAACUCGAUUUUCUUCCCUUCACAUGUAACGCUUGUAAAAAAGCAUUUUGUUUAGAACACAGAUCAUACAAAUCCCACGCCUGUCCAAAAUCCGACAUCAAUAGCAGAAAGGUGGUGGUGUGCGAAAUCUGCUCCGCCUCAAUCGAGACCACAGGCCAUUACGGAGAAGAUGAGAAGAAUAUUUUGGAGAGGCACGGGAAGUCGGGAGAUUGUGAUCCUAAGAAGAAGAAGAAACCUGCUUGCCCUGUACGCCGGUGCAAGGAGGUUCUGACCUUUUCCAACACCGCAACGUGCAAGAUUUGUCAAAUUAAGGUUUGCUUGAAGCACAGGUUUCCGGCAGACCAUGCGUGUAAGCCAACGGUGUUGGAUGAAAACAAGUUUUUGGUUGCUUUGGCUGCAAGGAACGGGAAAGAUUGUGGGAAGAAAGUUGUUGCUCCGACCACACCUACUAUCAAAGCUUGUUGA